UAUAUGUUUGCAGCAUCUUACAGAGACGAAGUUGCUGGUGGGGGUAGUUUUUGAUCGGGUAGUUUUUGGGAAGUUACAUGCAAGCUAGUGUGGAGGGAGUGUUUUCUAUUCGCACAUUCUGGCACGCAUCAAGUGUAGCAAGAGCUACAAGAUCGUUGUGGGAGGAUGCUGCGUGGAACAAACACACACAGGGUUACGUUAAGUGCACGUGUUUAUGGGAGGAUAAGAUAGUUAAGUGUAAGCGAAAUCGUAAAAUAUAAGCAAGUGUCUGUCCGGGAACGACACAGCGAUCGGCAAUAUUUUAUUGUCCACCGUACAAAUCGAAAAGAAAAACCAUCAACAAAUCGGUACGGAAAGCAAAAAGAGCAUUUGUGUGUCUGUCUGUGGGUUCGGUGUGCGGCCUGGGCGGACGGGAUCGUAAUCGUUGACGUGGACGUUGUUUUUAUACCCUUGACCAUUGCCGGACGGAUAUGCUGCUCGGUCAACCACUUUCCCUGCCCCGGCAAAGGAAACUCGUCCCAAACCGCCUUCAUCGGUUCGAAAACGUCGUGUGACGCGCUGCUGAUCGUGUCGUCUUGCAGGCGCAAAACUUUCAGCCCAGGCACCACACCACACACACACAUUCCCCAGCGCCAUCCACCGGGUUUUUUGGCGUUUGUGUGUGUGUUUCUCUGUAUCCGAAUCCGAUUCGGAUGAUGAAAAUGAAUAAAACAUAAAGACCGGAGCGGCAACCGGGAAGGGUGAAGCGGAGGAGGAAGCCUGCCGUGACGCCAACACGCUCCAUUAUUUGUUCCGUUGGGCAGCGAAGAAAACAGCGGGAAAAAGCGCACACCUCGUUCGUUCGCUCGUUCGUUCGUUGGGAAAGUGAUUGCCGCGCCGCGUCUGGUUUAAUUUCGCUCCUUGCCGGGACGAAACGCUCCUCGCUCCAUAGCUGUAGCCCCGUUGUGUGUGUGCACUUAUCGGUGUGGGUGUGUGUGUGUAUAUGCUUGUCUGUGUGCGCUUCGGUGUAGCAAUGUGUAACAUCAACCAUAGCAAUUGACCGACGAGCCAAAGCCCACAGUCUGCCAGAAGCGAGAAUCAAAACUAAAACCCAUUUCCACUUGUGCAUCCACCUCCGUGUGUGCGUGCGUGCGUGUGCGUGUGUGCAUGAGCAUGUGUGAUGCUGAGCGACAGUUGGAAAAAGGCAACGCAGGCGAUAAAGAUUUUACGACAUUGGAAUUUGUUGCUGUGAGUGGUUUAUUAAUCCUACCGCACGGUUCAGUGCUUCCCUCGGUGGCGCACAUCCGGUCACACGCCACCUCCAUCUAAUCACAUUGCAUCACACCAGGCCCCAGCACAUACAGAGCUAUGCACCACCACAAUACAACACCUUUUGCAUGCCGAGUGGCAGCCGAGUGAGCGCCAGUGAAUGUGCCUGCAUCAUUUAUGCUGAAGUGAAGUUGGGUUUAUUCUUGUGUUUUUCCUCCACAGCUCAUCCCGCACGGCGGCAAAUCAGAAAUCGAACCACCAAACGAACAGUUUCUUUUCGGUUAGUGUGCGAAAAAAUAUUGAAGCGGACAGCUUCACAGUGCUUCCCAGUGUUUCACAGCAGCGUGCAGGGUGGGAAAAAAAGAAAACAAAACAGAAAAAACACGCUUGUACGAAUUAUCGAACCGUUGUGCAAUUGUUCCGCCGCUUAUCGAUGGGUAAGAUACGACUGACGUGGUGCUUGUGGGUGUUUUUGUGUGUGCUUGUGCGCUGAGAAAAAAGGAGAGAGAAAAAAACAGCACAAGAAAGCCGAACUCCCAUUUCCCAGCAGCGACUGGCCAAAGUGCCAAACAUCAGCACCUGGGCUGCGGGAAAAACCUACGUCCGGUUCCGGUUUCGGUUGCUCGGCGGCCUCGGACCAGAGUGCCCGGAGUGGUCUCUGGCGUUGCUACACUUCGCCGCAUUCUAGCAAGAAGCGUUCCCUGUGGAGAAGCGUCGCUGCGCAACACCAAAUAAAGUAAAGCUGAACAAGAAAAAAACAAAACAGCAACACAUUCACACACAAAGACGAUCCUUCUCAUCACAGCGCGACGGGAACGCCUCGCCGACAGUCGAAGUCGGCGAAAACCGCAAGUGGUUGCGUCGUUUUCGGAGCACGUGAGCAUACCUACGGGCGUCGGGCCCCUCGAGGGGUGCCAGCGUGGUGUUGCCCACCAACCGGGUGCGUCUGUCCGUGAAUGUGUAUUGCGCCCUGGCCCGGCCAGAUCUACGACACGACGUCACGGGGCAACGGUGCGAUCGGACCGGCGGCCGGGAAAUGUGGCUCCCAGUGGUAAUGGAUUUACGACUCCCCAUACUCUGUUUGCUGAUAGUGGCAGAAGUAUCGGUGGGGUUGCGAAAUGUACGCGUCACGGUACCGACGGCCGUGCGAAAGGGCGACUCGGCCCACCUGUUCUGCGACUACGAGCUGGAGGACAAGGAGCGGCUCUACUCGAUCAAGUGGUACAAGGGCAAGCGCGAGUUCUACCGCUACACGCCGCAGGAAAAACCCUCCAUGAAGGUGUUCAGCGCCGUCGACGUGGAGCGAUCGUUAUCGAACGAGAGCAAUGUGGUUAUAAAGGCGCUCGAAACGAAUGUUUCGGGAAAGUACAGCUGCGAGGUGUCGGCCGAUGCGCCCUCCUUCCACACCAUGAUAGUUUCGGGUGACAUGGAGGUCAUAGAACCCCCGCCGGAAAAACCAUCAAUAACGGGCCUGCAGAGCCGGUACCGGCCGGGCGACAUCCUGCGGGGCAACUGCACCUCGAUUAAUUCUAAACCGCCGGCAAAUCUGACGUGGACGAUUAAUGACGUACCGAUCAUCCCGCAGUACUACAAGCAGUACCGACCGAUCAAGGAUACGCACACGGGGCUGGAGACCUCCAUCCUGGGCAUCAAUAUUCUCGUUGCCCACGCGCACUUCAUCAAGGGCAAGCUCAAGCUCAAAUGCCAAGCGACAAUACACCGGAUCUAUGACGAGAGCAGCGAAUGGUACGUGGAGGAGGACCGGCCGAGGAUACUGGCGACCGGCUCGUCCAGCGGCCACAAUCUCAACCAAAUCUAUCAGCACACCGUGUACGAUGGUGAUCAGCCCGAUCAGAGCGACAUGUACUUAACGGUGAACGGAUACAAAGCGGACAAAUCACCUACAUCGUCCUCCUCCGCCACGAAGCAGGUCGGAGCGUACGUGAAGGUGGGCUGGAUUGCGUUCUACGUCUGUACGAUCUGCACCGUGCUGCUGUACUCGCUGCGCGUCGGCAUCUCCUGACUGUACAACCUGAAGGAAGUGAUUAAGAUAUAAGCUGGCACACGCGUGUGCAAAGUUCAAAACAGCUCAGAAAUGGCAUAGAAAAUCACGCAAAAGUCUCAUUAUUGCGAGAGCGUACUAAAAACAACUCCUCGGAAGGUAGAGGCUGCAACGCAAACGAACGAAUAAUGCCUUGACGGAUGAAAGAUUUCAACAAUGGAAGCGUGCACACUGCACACAGUUGGACAGCCUGUAAGGUGAAGCUUGCAGGACAGUGACGCCGAAAAAUGCCGCUUUUUAGAUGUACAAUGUAGUAGUAAUGUGUUACAGUUGUUAAUUAGAUUGUUUUAAAACUUUGUGUUGUGUUUUGUUUUGCAAGUGUUUCGUACGGUUUUUGUUCGGAGGUAGUUGAGAGUGGGCAAAGGAAGUAAACAAUCCCUGUAAAUAAGAUAGACCAUAAGUAGUUCAAUUGAUAAGUGUACACCAUAGUGGUAAGGUAAGAUAGGUGGCCAUUUUUAAGACAAACAAGUAAGCAAACCAUUUGCUGUAACAAUAGACAUAACACGCGCAUGAGACAACUAUUUUGUUAGGGAAAACGAAAUAGAAUAACAAAAACUACAAACAUGUUGAAAUCAAAAAGGCAAAACAGUGAAAGAAUCGUAAACCGUAAAACAUAAACUGUAAAUACAUCUAAAAAAAACUCAAUCAAAACUGCACUUUGGAGAUGAGGAUGCCUGGAAAUAGGCACAAAGUAAAUAAAGUAAACUAAGCGGCAACACGGUUUCGAUCGUGCAGAUUUUGUAUUGGUAAAUGUGCGAACACACAAAAACAAUCUGAAGCGUUGCGGUGGGAUGCCGCCAGGAUGCCAAUUUAAAACAAUAAAAUUCGUAUGUUAAAAAUA